GCUACAAAAACAAACGCUGUGACAGCGGCGGCGAGGGCUGAAGCGUGGGGCACUGCCGACGGACUUUCCAGCACUUUCCUCUAAGAGAUUUCGUACCGAACAGGGAUGGUGGACAGCGUGUACCGGACCCGGUCGCUAGGUGUGGCCGCCGUGGGCUUGCCGGACCAGUAUGCCGACGGCAAGGCUGCCAAAGUGUGGCAACUGUACAUCGGUGACACGCGCAGCCGGACGGACGAGUACCGGAACUGGGUGGUGUCGCUGCUCAAACGGCAGGGCUGCAAGAAGGUGCUGGACGUGGCCUGCGGGACGGGAGUCGACUCCAUCAUGCUGGUGGAGGAAGGCUUCACGGUGAUGAGUGUGGAUGCCAGCGACAAGAUGCUGAAGUAUGCGCUGAAGGAGCGCUGGCAGCGCCGCAAAGAGGACGCCUUCGACAAAUGGGUCAUUGAGGAGGCUAACUGGCUGACGCUGCCCACCGACGUGGACAAGCCGGGCUUGGGAUUUGAUGCCGUCAUUUGCUUAGGAAACUCCUUUGCCCAUCUGCCCGAUUUCAAAGGUGACCAGAGUGACCAGAAGCUGGCCUUGUCCAAUAUCGCCACCAUGGUAAAGCCUGGCGGGAUUCUGAUUAUCGAUCACCGAAACUACGACUAUAUCCUGAAGAUGGGCAACGCUCCGCAGGGCAAGAACAUCUACUACAAGAGCGACCUUCCUCAGGACAUCACGACGUCCGUUCUCCUGGUCAACAACAAGCCCCACAUGGUGACGCUGGACUACACCCUGCAGGUCUCCCAAGAACAGGAUGGCACCGCAGAGCUGAGUAAGUUCCGCCUGUCCUACUACCCCCACUGCCUGGACAACUUCAAGGAGCUCCUGAGGAAGGCCUUCAACGGGAAGUGCGAGCAGGAGGUGUACGGCGACUUCAAGCCCUACGUGGACGGCCAGGCCUACGCCCCCUGCUACUUCAUCCACGUGGUCAAGAAGAAUGCCUGAGGAGCAGCUGGCAGGAGGGGACCCGCCUCGGAGGGGAGGGAGGUGAGGUGGGGUGGGGUGGGCAUCCAGGGCCCAAACAAUGAGCUUAGCGUGUGACAGCAUCUCCCGUCUGGUCGCCUGCAUCGAGGUCUUCGGGUUGGACCACUCAAUUUUUUUGGUCACGAAUCUCACUGCCUGCUUACCGACCUGGCAGGCGCGUCAGCAGGUGGGCUUUGUCUCAACUUUAUUUUUUAUGCUUUUUGUUGUUAAUUUCUAAAUGUGACAAUCAUGGCUUCUAAUGACUGAAGAGCUGAAAAUACAAAGAGAAAGACAGGGGGCACCAUGUGCCACUGUGAGUGCCAGGCUGUGGGAGGGAAAGGGUUAACAUGGGCACCGCCUCUUGUCCGCCGGAGGGGUCUCUUAUGUCAAAGCUCAUCCAGCCCCCCAGCGUUGGGCACAAAACAUGGGGGUGGGCCCUCAAGCCCACUGGUGUCCCCCCGAUGGGGGGGCUCUCUGCUGCCCCCUGAUGGUCUGUUUUCUACUUGCCCAUUCCUGCCAUCCUUCACCACGUAGCCUUCAUCAGGUCCCGGCCCUGGUGACCAGUUUUGUGUCCUCAGUGUGCCAAGAGAGAUCAGGCAAGGAAACCCAGGAGACAAAUGGGGAACAACCUUAUUAUAUAGCGCCUUUCCAUGGUGAACACCAGUCAGGGCGCACUCAUCGUUCUUCAGAGGUCGGGAUGAAGUCAACCGCCUGGUGUUUCUAUGUAGUGAGCCUCUUCUUGGGUUAAGUGGCAGAGGAACUGAAGACUGGGAGUGAGCGGAGGGACUGAAUGUGAGGAGUGCUGCUUUAAUAUAGCGCCUUUCCACAAAUGACGUCAUGUCCUUCAGAGAGUCGCGCCUUUUCCUGUCUUCUCCACUUGAGUGCAGGCAGAUGGAGGGAUUGACAGGGUGGUCUUUACCUUGUCGCACUGUAUAGUGCCUGUGCAUAGUGAGCAGAGCCAAACCACAGUGGCAUUGGUGUCAGCGGUGGGAUUGAACUGGCAGCCUUGUGCUUUGACAUUCGCCUCUCAGUCAUAUUAAUAAUAUUAAUAAUAAUCAACACCACCGCCCAUCUGCUCGAGGGUGAGAUGCCCUUCUCUUUUUUGCAUUUGCUUGCCCCUCUGUGCAGUGUUUAGUGAUGCCAACCAAGCAACCCUUCUUGCCCCCUGGCAAUGUUAUAUAAAUAAAAUCUUUUAUUAUUCUCUA